CAAACUUUGGAUACAAUUGAUGAGGUUGCCGCACUCAUUGCUGCCACAGUCCAUGACGUGGAUCACCCAGGAAGAACAAAUUCUUUCCUGUGCAAUGCUGGCAGUAAGCUAGCAAUUCUCUACAAUGACACCGCAGUGCUGGAGAACCAUCAUGCUGCCCUGGCUUUCCAGCUCACCACCCAGGAUGACAAAUGCAAUAUUUUUAAAAACAUGGAGAGGAAUGAGUAUCGAACCCUUCGCCAAGCCAUUAUUGACAUAGUCUUAGCAACAGAAAUGACAAAGCACUUUGAGCAUGUCAACAAGUUUGUCAACAGCAUUAAUAAACCCUUGGCAGCGCUAGAAGAAAAUGGGGUAAGCGACACUAAUAAUGGUGAUGGAGAGUCAAUCAAAACUGUUCUCACGACUCCUGAAAACCGUAUCCUUAUCAAGCGCAUGUUGAUAAAGUGUGCUGACAUUUCCAAUCCAUGCAGACCCAUAGAACAGUGUAUAGAGUGGGCCGGACGCAUCUCGGAGGAGUACUUUGCACAGACUGAUGAAGAAAAGAAGGAAGAUUUACCUGUUGUGAUGCCAGUUUUUGACAGAAAUACUUGCAGCAUCCCCCAAUCCCAAAUAUCAUUCAUUAAUUACUUCAUUACUGAUAUGUUCGAUGCCUGGGAUGAAUUUGCAGACCUGCCAAAUUUGAUGCGGCAUCUGGAUAAUAACUUUAAAUACUGGAAAGGACUACAUGAAAGGAAGCUGCGGGGCCUUCGACCACCACCAGAAUAGCAAUUAGACCAUGUAUUACAGUAAGGCUAGCCCAUGCGCUUGGGGAACUUUCAAAUUCAAGAGAACAUGAGGUCAGCAG